CUGCAUUGUGAAGUUGUUUGGGUGCGUUGUUUACGGAAUUCCAAUAAAAAAUAAAAACUUCGCCUUCCAACUGAGAAAAUACUAUGGCCCAACGUUUUCCGGGCGCAGGGCCGCCACCGGGACCUGGGGGGCCUCCCCCUCAAAGGUACCCGCAGCCCCAGAACCCCGCUAUGAGGCCCUAUGCUCCGCAAAAUUUCCCGCCUAGACCUCAGUAUAAUGCACCACCCCCAAAUAUGCAAUCUAGUGGAGGAACAAUGAUCCAAAGACCUCCUCAAGCUCCUUACUCUCCAAUGAGGGCAGGACCUAUGCCACCACAACCUGGUGUAAAAAGGCCUGCUGAUAACAGAGGGCCAAUGCAGGGACCAAAAGCUGAAUACGGCCAUACCAGUAAAAAAAAGAAGAAGCUGGCUGACAAGAUUUUACCCCAGAAAGUCAGGGAUUUGGUGCCUGAAAGCCAAGCUUACAUGGAUUUGUUGGCUUUUGAGAGAAAAUUGGAUGCUACAAUCAUGAGGAAAAGAUUGGACAUACAGGAAGCCUUAAAACGUCCAAUGAAGCAAAAAAGGAAAUUAAGAAUUUUUAUUUCGAACACUUUUUAUCCAGCUAAAGAAGCAUGCGCUGAUGGUCCUGAAGGACCAGGCCAAGAAGGAUCUGUUGCAUCAUGGGAGCUAAGAGUUGAGGGCAGACUAUUAGACGACAAUAAAAACGACCCGAACAAAGUGAAACGCAAAUUUUCGUCCUUCUUUAAAUCUCUCGUCAUAGAGUUGGACAAGGAGCUGUACGGCCCCGACAACCAUUUGGUCGAGUGGCACCGCACUUUGACCACUCAGGAAACCGACGGUUUCCAGGUGAAAAGACCCGGGGACAAAAACGUGCGUUGCACCAUUCUUUUGCUGCUCGACUAUCAGCCGUUGCAGUUCAAGUUGGACCCGAGAUUGGCCCGGCUUCUGGGCGUGCACACCCAAACCAGACCCGUCAUCAUUUCCGCCUUGUGGCAGUACAUCAAGACGCACCGAUUGCAGGACGCGCACGAAAGAGAGUACAUCGUGUGCGACAAGUACUUGGAGCAGAUUUUCAACUGCUCGCGCAUGAAAUUCGCCGAGAUUCCGUCGCGCUUGAACCCGCUCCUGCACCCGCCGGAUCCGAUCGUCAUCAACCACGUGAUUUCGGUCGAAGGCGGCGCCGAGAGCAAGCAGACCGCCUGCUACGACAUCGACGUCGAGGUCGACGACACGCUCAAAACGCAGAUGAACAACUUCUUGCUGAGCACCGCGAGUCAGCAGGAGAUUCAAGGGUUGGAUUCGAAGAUUCACGAGACUGUCGACACCAUAAAUCAGCUCAAAACCAACAGGGAGUUCUUCCUUAGUUUUGCCAAGGAUCCUCAGCAGUUCAUACACAAGUGGAUCGUCUCGCAGACCAGGGAUCUUAAGACCAUGACAGACGUUGUUGGUAACCCUGAAGAGGAGCGCAGAGCAGACUUCUUCUAUCAACCUUGGGCCCAAGAAGCAGUUUGUCGUUACUUCUACACCAAGGUGCAGCAAAAACGCGCUGAACUCGAACAGGCUCUCGGUUUUAGAAACAAUUAAUUAAUAUUGAUCACUGUUAAUUAAGCUGUAACUUUGUUUUUGUCUUUGAUUGUAUACAUUAUGGAAUUGUAAGUUUUUAAGUUGGUUAAUACAGUGAUUUAAGAUCAAC